CGACACGCAAAACGCAAAAAAACCACUAACAUUUCAAAUUUUGGUUCAAUAACUAUCCACAUAAUAGUUCUUCUACGGGAAGCAACAAGUAGAUGACUCGUUGAGAGCAUAACCUUAUGAUAAUCACAAUCUUAUCUUUCUUAUACAUAGAAAAAGAAACGGCUUGUAAGAUUUUCGUGUCCAAGAGAGAGCUCAAACUUGUGCUACCCAAAUGGAAGACCCAAAACGCGGCAAACCAACAAUGGAUUCUCAAUUUCCAUCAACUUCAAUGCACUUGACAAACCUUGACCUUCCACCAGAACUCAUCACUGAAAUCCUAUCAAGGCUACGAGUGAAACCCCUCUUGAAAUUCAGGUGUGUGUCCAAGUCUUGGCUUGCUUUAAUCUCUAGCCCUGAAUUUAUCAAGACCCAUCUCAGUAUAUGUGCUAAUAACAAGGACUACACCAACCAUGCACUUAUGUUGGGUCCUCGUCAACCUAACAACAAUCUUAUGUACUGUUCCCUUCGUUCCUUACUUUAUAACGACUCUGUUACCCAUGCAUUUGACUUGGAUUAUCCUAUGAAACUACCCCAUAAAUCUCUUAGUAUUGUAGGUUCAGUCAAUGGGUUGAUUUGUUUUACCAUUGAGGAACAACAUAACUUUCUUUGGAAUCCAUCAAUUAGGAUGUUCAAGAAAUUGCCUUAUUCUAGGUCUACAUUGAGGUCUAAAUACUUUUUAAUGUAUGGUUUUGGAUAUGAUGAACUUCAUGAUGAUUACAAGGUAGUUGGUAUUACUACUUCAGAUAAUAAGGGUUCGUGUCAUGUCAAAAUAUAUAGUCUAAAUAGUCACUGUUGGAGAAGUACUGAUGAUUUUCAUGGUGAGUUGCCAGUCGGUAAGUCGGGUAUGGUUGUGAAUGGGAAGCUUCAUUGGUUUACUUUUAUUGCUGGUCUUAGUGCUAUUGAUCGUGUUGGGCUUAAUGGUCGGGACAUCGUUUCUGUUAAUUUGGCUGAUGGGAAAUAUGGAAAGGUGGAGCACCCCUGCUACGGAGAAGGAAAAUUUGACCUUACGCUAGGAGUGUUGGGAAGUGAUCUUUCUGUGGUUUGUAAUAAUGGGAAGACUUACACAGAUGUGUGGGUUAUGAAGGAGUAUGGGGUUAAAGAAUCUUGGAUAAAAAUGUUGACCAUCAAUCCUCCCAAUAAUCCGUUGAAUCAUCUGUUUUGUCCGCUCUUUUGCAUGUCAAAUAAAAGUCAAAUUUUGUUUGAGGAUGGAUCAACUUUCAUGAUUUACAAUCUAAAGGAUGACUCGAUAAGAUAUCGAAACAUUACCAACUGUGCUGACUUUCGGGAUGCAAACAUCUACAUUGAAAGCCUCGUUUUGCCCUUCCGCCAGAAGAAACCAAGGAUGCAGCAAAAACGAGGGCUGAAAAAGUGUAGAUGAAGAGGAGUUCUCUGUACAUUGAUUCUCAAACUUUUCUUUCUUUUGUCAAAUAUAGCAGAAGACAUUCCUAUUACUGGUAUCAUUGAUUGAACCAUAUCUGCUUGCAUAUCUUUUUGGCCAUUUUUCCUUUUUGCUUCAUGAAACAAUAAUUUUUGCAAGAGCAACUAUUUGAUUAAAGUUCGUGGUUUCUUAAUCGUCAAACUAAAUGGCACUCAACAUUGCCUAUAGUAUUGAUAGGUGAAAUGCACCAAUAACCCCUGUGUGUAGCACUUCCAAGGCUUAUUGUUUGAUCUAGGGGCUUCUCCAAUAAUCUUCUUUAGGUGAAAACUUAAUAGGGUGAAGGAGGAACCACAGGAAUGACGGAACAUCAGUUAAGGAAGCAAAUUUAGCUAUGAAAAUGAGCUAUAUUUAGGAAACAAAUUCUUGACAUGUGAUCAUGAUUGUGUGUGGUGUACCAAAGGACAUGGAAAUGUAGGAGAAAAAGAUAUGAGAAUGAGCUAUAUUUAAGAAGGCCCUGUCUAAAAGAAGUAAAGGAAAAUACAAACCUUUUUCAUUGUUGUUAUUUCUAACAGCAGUUUCCUACAAUAGUAAACUCCUUUAUCAUGCUUAGAGUAUUUAUAAUUCGACUUUUUUUAGGAAAAAAAUUCUUGUACGUUAUGUUCUAUCUUUCACAUUAUUAAAGCUAAACUAAGUAGGUGCAAUUGUUAUGUACCACCAAGUGAGAGAUGAACUUGUUUAAAGUAUUUCAAGUGUAACUCCUACUCAUAUGCAUCAACGAUGUAUCAUGAUAUUUUGAAAAAUUGACCUAAGUCAAUGUAGCAAAGCUGUAAUAAGGAAAACUAGAUAAUCCUUGUGUGAAUUAAGAGACAAUGUCAAGCGUUUGAUAGACAUGCAUCGCCUUAUAUCAAUUUGUUGAUUUGCGUCUUUUGUAAGCCAUUAAAUUGAGGAAGCAAGGGAGAAAUGUAGCGCCGGCCAAGGUAACUUAAUGUGCAUUAGUGGAACAAUAUGAAGGAGAAAAGGGAAAGAACCAAGAGGUUUGUAUUUGUGAGUUAGAUUUACUAGAGCUAGAGAGGGGCAUGGUUUCAUGUAAAUCUCCUUCUCUAAAUCAAUAAGUUACCCAUUUUUGCUAGAAUAGUAUAUUGGAUCCGUACGAGUAGCUUGUUAUUUAUUCUUAGCUUUUAUUCUUUUGGCAUUUAAUAAUAGAAUAUGUAUAGUGCAUAUAUACUACUUGAAGUUGCAUCAUGUUCCAUCUAGAUAUCAGAUAAGAUAUAUAUAAUUGUUUCCUGUUUAGUGCUUAAAAGUUGAAUGGGACAUGUCUCAAAUGUAGUUGGUAGGGAAAUGGAGCUCAUACUUUACCUUAAACAAGAAUGUAGUUUCUAAUUAAGAGUUAUGUUUGCUACAUGAUGUAGACCAUGCAUAUGGCACUUCUUCCUAAAAUCUACACUCCCUUUUAUCUAGGAGGUGUUUAGUUAAAUGUUAUGUACUAUUGAACUUUCAAGAAGUGAAUGCUGGUGUAAGGAACAACUGAUAUACUCCUUGCUGACUGCAUGAAUUGCAAUGAGUAUGAUUUUUCUCUGUAGUUGUUCUUCUUCCUCUAUCCUGUAACAUUCUGCUGCCUUCUGCACCACCCCUAAGUGUUGUUGGGCUUUUCUUCUCUUAUUUUAUCGUUAUUAUUUUGUUCUUGGAAGUCUUCUGUUCCUUCUUCUUUCUCCUCUAAUUUUUCCAUUUUCCAAUCUUUUCGUUGCCGUACUUGUUCAGUCACUCUGAGCAUAAUUGGUUAUCUGAUUGUUAGCGAUUGCUCUGCAUUCUUUAAACUUUGUGAUUUGUUAUUGGCUUUUCUAUUUUCAUGAUUAGUUCUAGGGUUUGAUUAGAUUUCUUCUGUUUGUGCUGGUUGCUGGGUUGUAUCUGAUGCACUUAUGGUACAGCAAAGCAAUACUAUACCUAAUUAAAAAGUUAUUCUUAUUCAUUCUGAUUUGAAGGAACUGAAAAUUUGAAAUGAAGAACACUGCAUCUAAUAUGAUGUUACUUUGAAGUUCUGGCGGUCUGUGGAUCCAAACAUUUGUAAAACUUAUGUCAGUCUGCUUUCUCUUGACGUCAAAGUUAUUGUUUACUUACAAAAUCAUAAUGGAAGAUCAGUGGGUAAACCUAGACAGAUCAUUGGUAGGAAGCUUGCGCCGAAUGUAGAGGAUUGCUUAGGAUGGGAAUUUGAACCCUUAAGACUUAAAAGCACUCUUAUUAGAUUUAACUUCAAAUGAGCAGGUUGGCAAAAUUGUCUUCGUUCUGACAGUGAACCAAAACAGUUGUUUGUUUGUUAACCUUAUCUUCUUUUUGAAGAGAUAUAAAGAGAAGGGAUGAAUUAUUGAACUCUAGUUUUUUUUUUACCCAAAGUUGAACUCUUAUCUAUCACCAUUCAGUUUAAACCAAAAAAGGACCAACAUAAUUCGAUGUCUCAAGUACACUAAUAAACCGAAACAUUCUGAGAUAAAUAAUUUCUUGCUAAAAUAGCAAUAAAGUAACUAAAAAGAACUGAUGAGUGAAAAAUAAACUAACAGUCUGCAUGAUAUCCCCAGCAGUAAACUUAGUACCCCUGUCCUUGUCAGCAGCUGCACGUCCCUUAGCCUUUCGGUCAAGUACUGAUUUCCUGUCUUUGUCAAGCCUGAGUUUUGUAAUAACAUCUUAGAACAGUGAAUACCAACAUUAACAGUAGAUCCAUUGACCUUCUCUCUAGUUGUACAGUCAAUGUGAAUCACCCUUUUUCUUAUAAUCGAGAAAUCCCCAUGGGUUUGUGGUGCAAGGUUUGAAGCUUGGUGGAUACUGGGCUUGCCCCUCCACCCUUCUCCUCUUAAAUACCAAGCUUUUUUCUGCAGCAGAGUUCGACCCAUACAUCCCGUGAUGUGCUCGUACUAGUAGUCCAAAUCCCUAGGGGCGUGAAUCACCCAUUUCUUGCGGUACACUUGCCCUCUCAAGUCUCAACCUUUGUAGGUCCCCA